CUCUCUCUCUCUCGCUCUCGCUCUAUUCUCACUCAGUGCCGAGGGCUUCUCAGUGGCGGAGCGGCGGAAGUGAGGGGUGGUUUUGCUUUGAAAGAGACGAAAAGGGGAAAGGAGAGAGAAGCGGAGCCGAGACCACAACGCAACCACAGAAUGGGAGAUCGCUGCAGGAGCAAAUCUUCCUAGAGACGGAGAUUCGGAGGAGGCAGCGGUAACUGUGCAGCAGCAGCACUGUGUCCAACAUACAGAGAUUUAAGAUGAUUGACAGUCAGCUGUCAGCACAGAGGAGGGCGAUGAGGAGCUUUCCCGGAGACAUCGGCCAGCUAAAGACCAGCACCUACAUUGUGCCCUGCUUCCUUUUUGUGGAGCUGGUCAUCAUGGCAGGGACCGUUCUGUUGGCGUACUACUUUGAGUACACGGACACGUUCCCUGUGCACAUCCAGGGCUUCUUCUGCUUCGACAAAACCUACUCCAAGCCGUACCCUGGACCGGAGGACAACAGCAAGGCGCCGCCUGUCCUCGUCUACUCCCUAGUCACCGCCAUCCCCACUGUGACGAUUCUGAUCGGGGAAGUCACCAGUUUCUUUGUGAAGUCAGAGGGAGCACAGGAGAAGACCAUAGUGACCGCCGACUGCUGUUAUUUCAACCCUCUCCUCCGACGGAUCGUACGUUUUCUGGGUGUCUACUCCUUUGGCCUCUUCACAACCACCAUCUUUGCCAAUGCAGGUCAAGUGGUGACAGGAAACCAAACGCCUCACUUCCUGUCUGCCUGCAGGCCGAACUACACGGCUCUGGGCUGCCAGUCCCCGCUGCACUACAUCGCAGAGCGCCGAGCCUGCACAGGAAACCCAUACCUGGUGGCGUCCGCCCGCAAAUCCUUCCCCUCCAAAGACGCAGCGCUCAGCUUUUAUUCAGCCAUCUACACAGUGAUGUACGUGACCCUGGUGUUCCGGACCAAAGGGACCCGCCUGACCAAGCCCACCCUGUGCCUGGUGCUGCUGUCUCUGGCCGUGCUGGUCGGGGUGGUGAGGGUGACUGAACACAGAAACCACUGGAACGAUGUCCUGGCAGGGUUUGUCACCGGAGGGGCCAUCGCUGCAUUCCUGGUGUCAUGUGUGAUCAACAAUUUCGAGCAAACCCAGAUAGCAAUGCUGACUCCUCCACCGACACAGCGUCCGGAGCCCCCGAUCGGGCUUCCUCUCCUCAGCCUGCCCCGUGUGGAGAGUCCACUCGAAAAGUUAAGUGGCCUCCAGGCUCCAGGGCUACCGUAUUCUGAGAUCACAUGACCAUCAGCCAAUCCCGUCCCCCACUCCUCCCGAUGUGCUCCUCCCAUCACGGCGGUGCCUCACCAGCGCAGUCUAGACCUUCCCACUGAAUGCCCCCCGCCCUGCCCUGCCCACCCCGUAGGACGACAUCCUCUCAGACGAGUCAAAUCCACGCAGGUCUGAAGGUCCACCAAUCACAGGAGGCAGAACAGCGACACAUGCACAUGGCAAGCAUGGCUGAAACCUGUCAUCCGCUAAGGACCAAUAGGAGACGGCUCCAUGUCCUUCUGUCCUGUUUUGUCCUGUUUGUCCUCCACAAUGGCCUCCUUUUUCUUUCAGGUGUAAAAGACCCAAUGAAAGAAUCGCCAAAGCCAGAGUUGUUGAAGCAAUACUGUGUCCUAAAUCCUUGUCCUGUUUUCCACAAAGAUCCAACAGAGACUUUUAAGACUGUUGGCUGGUGAUGACUUGAUGAAUCAAAAAAGGAAACUGAGGGUUUGGGGAUCAAAGAAAUGUCCAAUCACUGAUGGAUCGUCCUCAUCAGACCAUUUUGCAACACUCAGGACAAUACAAUGGAAAAAAGGACGAGAUUAAAAACAAAGACCUUUAUAUAAUCAAAAUGCAGGUACCGUCGAGUAUUAUGGUACAGAUUUUUAUUUCUGUCCUCAAAACUAACAAGAGACGCAGUUAAAGAUGAAAGCACCUUUGUAAAUUAUGGCACAGAUGAACCAAUUUAGUGUUCAGUGACUGUGUUGUAUCUUUUUUGUUAUGGAGGGGUUUAGGUUUGAUCUCUUGCUGUAUAUUGUGUGAAGUGACAGAAGACAGAUUUAUACACACUAGAGCUGUGCUUGUGAUUCCAUAUUUGUUUUCGGGCAUCAGUUCAUUCAUUCUUUAAGUGAACUGAACUAGAUUUCCAUCAACUUUCCAAAUAUCUUUUAUCUACUUACUAUUCAAGUGUGUGUUUCUAAAUGUCUAUAGGUUCUACGUCCAUGCUGUGAAAUAUUAGGAAUCAUUUGGCUUACUGCCUUUUCCUAUGUGGAGUUCUAAGUUAGUGUUGUGCCGGAUUCCCACUGCAUGGUACGACACGGUUCUACUUGACUCGCUUUUUUUCUGGUUUUGCCAUUAGCAAUAGUUGUUAGUGAUUGGUACUAUUUUUGGUACCACCUCGGUCGAGGGACAACACCAGCGUGACCCGGGACUUCCUGCACAAACAGCGUUUUUAAAUAGCUAAGCUACCGUCAAUAGAAAACUCAUUAAAAAAAAUGGCAGCCUACAAAAUGACGCCCUUCAAUUGUGAAUGCAAUUCAAAGUGCAGACGUUCCUCGGUUGGGUUGCCACUGAAAGGAUUCAGUCAGUGUCCCAUUGAAGGUGAUGUCUACGGCGAUCAGCUGAUCACCCCGCCUACACUGAGGGGGGUACUAUAUGCGGUGAAUAAACGAAAUACAGAAAAGAACCUGGUACCAAAAGGGAAUCGAGUUAAGCAGAGCCAUACCAUGCGGCAGAAACAAAGCAUUAGUUUGCAUAAAUGUCACACUUUCUUUUUCCCAUACCCCCUUUAACACUUUCAUAACUAUUAUUUUUUUCCCUUUAAAUUAUUUGUAUCUAAAUGUUAAUGUAUUUGCUUUACUUUCCAAAAUGUGUGUUUUUUCCGAGUAGUUCAGCGUCAGUUGUUGAUGCUGCUGUUUAUCCUUCUGUCCUAUCCAAUUAUUUCCUUCACACUGACUUUAGGAAACCAAUGGCACAGAUCAGUGUUUAACACAGAGAUAAGACCUCUGAGUUUUGUAUAGUUUUGUACAGUAAAUAGGUUUCUUUACGCAGUAUAUACUACAUUAUCAUUAUGUUUAAAUUGUGGGAACAAUGUGAAGCUACCUGAAGCUGUCUUGUAGGAACACGAGUAGUUGCCUGGUCAUAAGCAGGAAUGUAGCGAGUGGAGAAGUGUGUGUGAAAUCACAACUUGGUUCUGCUCAGUGCAGGCAGGUUAUUCUAGUAGGAUAGUACGCGAUGAGUUAUAGAAAGAAGACAUUGCUAUGGUUUGUGUGUGUGUGUGUGUGUGUGUGUGUAUGUGUAUGUGUAUGUGUGUGUGUGUGUGUGUGUGUGUGUGUGUGUGUGUGUGUGUGCGUGAGUGUGCGUGUGUGUGUGUAUAUUUAUAAUGAGCACAUUGUAUGGCAGCAUAACUGUUAAUUUGGCAAUCUGUUUUCUUAAGUUAAACUGUCAAAGGUAGCUGCUAUAAUUACACACUUGUGCUUGAGUGUAACUGCAGGCCUUCAAAGGACCCCUACCAAGAUGUCCUAACAAUGCCUGUUAUAGCAGAAGGUGCUCAUUAUAGCUCUGAGAUUACCUACAGUGAAACUUUUCAGUCGGAAUUUUUUGUAAACAACUGAAGAGGUAGAGAACACCAUAACUGUCCAAAUAAUGUUAUUUUCAUGUUAAAAUGUCUCUGUUUUGUAUUUAUUUACCAAAAUAAAUUGCAAUUACCACA